GAUAAGCAAUGCCCCAAUGUUGUAAACCCGUCCAUUGUCAAAAUGAAGCAGAAUUUCCUCCAAGUCGAAGAUGCGAUCCUCUACGAUGUGAUAAAAGACUUCAAUCGCGACGAAAAAUCGUUCGAUGAGGACGUCUCAGUUGUGACAAAAUGGCUUCAAGAGCAGCCCCACCUACCGGAAGUUUUGGAUAAACGAGUUAUUCAGAAUUUUCUCUUGUUGAAUAAGUGUAGUGUGGAGAAAACCAAGCAAAAAAUCGAUAUGUACUUCACCGUGAGGUCAAAACUGGAGGACGUGUUCGGGGAGAGCAACCCCAAGUUGCCCCAUUUGAAAGAAUUAAGGGAAAUUAUGUAUUUCGUCAUUUAUCCCAAAACGUUCAAAAAUAACCGUUUGUUCAUUUUUAAAAUGCGCCAAGAGCACUUGGGGGAAAAACUCGAACCCAUGAACGUCCUGCGCCAUCUAUUGUCGAUUCAUGAAAUUCGCAUGAAAGAAGAUGUGACUUUUGGGGAGUAUUUUAUAGUGGAUUGUAGCCACGUCCCGGUGUCUUAUGUUUUAAAACUAACACCGACUUUUGUGUUCAAAGCCUUGGCCAUAAUUUAUGAAAAAUUGUACUCGUCGCGUUUAAAAGGACUCUGUCUUGUUAAUUUCCCCAAAUUUGGAGAGGCGGCUCUGACUCUAGCCCAAAAAGUCAUGAAACCGAAACUUUUCGAACGAAUCAAAGUGUGCACCGACUUGGACUCCCUGAAAGACAUGUUUCCGGAAGAUGUACUUCCGGCGGAGUUUGGAGGGACGGGGCUUACACUCCAACAACUCGGAGAAAUGUUGGAAACUAAACUCUGUGAAUAUCAAAGUUGGUAUGACCAUUUGGACACGAUUCAAGUCGAUGAGAAACUAAGGCCUGAAAGUCUGAAAAAUGACGACAUUUUGGGAUUUCAUGGCAAUUUUAAGAAACUUGAUGUAGAUCACUUUCUAACCAUCAUGUUUGAAACAAGUGCCGACGCUUUGAAAACAAUCUUGCAACUUUAUGACCAAAAUGAAGAAAGUCUUCGGCUUGACAUAGCAAAAUUGAAGAAUUGGAUGACAAGUCAGGGCCACCUUCCCGAAAUUUUGGACGAUAAAAGCAUCGAAAAUUUUCUAAUUCUCACUAAAUUCAGUAUCGAACGAACAAAACAAAGCAUCGACAUGUACUACACGGUGCGCUCUUUAAUCCCGGAGUUUUACGAACACGUCAAUCCGCGAAAGCCGAACAUGGCCGAAAUGCGCCAAAUUGCCUAUUGGUUGGCACUCCCGAAAAUGACCGACGAUAUGCACCGAGUGAUGGUUUUCAAAAUGCGAAACAAACAAAUGAUCGACAAGAUGGAGCCUCGAAACGUCAUCGGACUUGUCAUCAACUUGGAAGAGUUGCGACUCAAAGAGGAUGUAAUGUUCGGUGACGUCACCAUUUUUGACAAUGAGGGAAUCAAUUUCGGGUACAUUAAGAAACUAACACCCAGUAUCGUCGCCAAAGUUUUGACAGUUUACGAAAAAGUCUUCUCAAUCCCCAUGAAAGCCAUCUACGUGGUGAACAGUCCCCCGUUUGUUAGCACAAUUCUGGGAAUAUUGAAAAGUCUAAUGAAACCAAAAUUGUUCGAACGGAUACAUGUUUGCCAAGAUACCAGUAUUUUGACGGAAAAAAUCCCUAAAAGAAUCCUACCGAGGGACUACGGAGGCGAGGAAAAGUCACUAGAGGAGCUUCAAGGUUUGUUGGACCUGAAGUUGGCGCAGUAUCAAGACAGGUUUGACAAACUGGACAAACUUCACGUCGAUGAGGCCAAAAGGCCGCAGAAGUUGGAAAAUGACGAGAUUUUGGGGUUUCACGGCAAUUUCAAGAAACUGAGCGUCGAUUAAUUUGUUUUAUUAAAAUAUAUACAAUAGAUUAUAUACAAUAAAUCGCUCAAAUAUACUCUGAAA